AUGGUCGCUCAUGGUGGUCUUGAGGAUGGAGGCGUAACGUUCUUGGAUCGGACGGUUUGCAAAGUCGAGCUGAGUUCUAUCACUGCAAUCCCAAGCUCUGGAGACCAAGUUGAAAAAAAGCGAAUUGCCCCCAAGGAUAGAAUGUUCAAGCGUAAGACGGGCUCGGCCAAACCUAUCAAACGUUGUUUUGGAGUCUGCUGGCUUGGGGCAAACAAUGAUAAGGAUUCCGCAGAAUCUAGCGGUCACGCCUUACUAGUAUUUAGAACAAAAGAAUCCGUCUGCAAUUGCAAGUCGAUCUUUAGUCAAUUCUUCCUCGAAUCCCAGAGCCUUGUCCUAGAUCACUGUCAAAGGCACACCUAA